AUGACCGUAUUCUUGCUCAACGCCUCCUCCUCCCACUUGUCAGACGGCGCUCCGCCUUCUCUCUCGGCAACAGAUCGCGCAAGGUCGUGGUAUAAACAAAUCGACACUUCUGAGAAGCGCCCGUAUGUCAUAAAAGAGAAUGAAUCAUCUGGCGGUAAGAUUCUUUAUUCUGACAAUACAGUCACACAUCGUAAAUGUAUUGGUUGUGAUCUCCGGAAUUACGGUCUCACUCCCAAAGCUACGAAGCUUGUUUGCAGUUCAGUUCUCGGUGUGAUCAAAGCAAUUGUGCAGUACUCGGCAACUGUUCCAUACAAGUUCCCAACGCAUGUGACAUCUCGACUCCUCCAACUUCAGGCAUCUCUUGGCAUCUGA